UUUUUUAAUUCUUAUUAUGCAUUAUUUAGACUAGAUGGAUCGAAUCAUAGAAAAUGUUAAUUCAUAUGUCGAAAAUUUAAAUGAUGGCGAUUCUGAUUCCGAAUUAAAUCCCGAACAAUUGUUAAACGAAUGGUUAGGUGAACUUGAUAAUUUAACUGUGGGCUUAGAGACCAUAAGCUCGACUUCAGGUCGAACUAAUCUAAAACAACCAUUAACCUCAGAAAUCAGUGCUCCACGUAUCGAUAGUUAUCGAUUCUCAAUGGCAAAUUUAGAAGACUCACAAGAUGUGGAUUUGGAUGCAAUUUUGGGUGAAUUAUGUGCGCUGGAAACGCAAUGCGAUGAAGAUAUUGACCAUGCGAAAAUUCAUAAACGUUCAUCACAAUCAAGUGAUUAUAAUCGACAACAACAACAUCAAAGCCGCAGUCAUUCUCGAUCAUCGUCAGACGGGAAUCGUUGUUUAAAAUUGGAUCCCGGAGAAAGUGAAUUAAUGUUAAAGAAUGAUGGAUCAAUACGAACAGAUUCACCAGAUAAUGAUUCAGCAUUCAGUGAUACGGUUUCAAUGCUAUCUAGUGAAUCAUCUGCGUCCAGCAGUACUGGCGUGGGUACUACGAAUAGCACUAACGCAAACACUGGUAUUAAAUCAUCUCAUUUUACAUCAAAUUUAAAUAAUACACAGGAUUCGGCCACACGCAUAAAAGCAGAAAAAAUUCGCAUGGCAUUAGAGAAAAUGAAAGAGGCAUCUGUUAAAAAAUUAUUUAUAAAAGCGUUUACGACAGACGGUUCCACAAAAUCGUUGUUAGUCGAUGAGAAAAUGACUUGUGGAUAUGUGACAAGACUAUUAGCUGAUAAGAAUCAUGUUCAAAUGGAUCCGAAAUGGGCAAUUGUUGAACAUUUGCCAGAAUUAUAUAUGGAACGAGUUUACGAAGACCACGAAUUAUUAGUCGAAAAUUUAAUGUUAUGGACAAGAGACUCUAAAAAUAAGAUAAUAUUUAUGGAACGUUACGAUAAAGUACAAAUGUUUUUACAACCAGAACAAUAUUUAACAACAUCUACAGACGAUCCAAACACUGAUUUAUACUACGAUGAUCAUUCUCGAAUGUUACUGCUUGAAGAAUACUUUAAUUCACCAACAAAUCUAAUUCAAUUACCCGAUCUCCAAACGAAUUUAUACUUGAAAUCUGAUACGAAAAAAGGUUGGAAAAAAUAUCAUUUUAUACUUCGUGCAUCGGGAAUUUAUUAUUGUCCAAAGGAAAUGAAUUCCAAAUCACUAGGUGUUAAAUCAUUGGGUCGAGAUUUAAUUUGUUUGGCCACGUUUGACAAUAACCAAAUUUAUUACGGUGUUGGAUGGAAGAAAAAAUUUAAGGCCCCAACCGAUUAUUGUUUUGCGAUUAAGCAUCCUAGAUUACAACACUCGAAAUCAACAAAAUAUAUCAAAUAUUUAUGUGCCGAAGAUCAAUUAACGUUAGACCGUUGGAUGUGUGCCAUGAAAAUUGCGAAAUACGGUCGUCGUUUAAUGGAUAACUAUCGUAUUUUGGUUGAUGAUUUGGCGCAAGACGAUUUAGAUAUGUUAGCACAUGCGAGAUCAUGUUCGGUGACGUCGAUUGCAAAACAGAAUCAAUCUCAACCACCACCAUCGUCAGAACCACCUAGUGGACGCCAUAGUCGGGCAAGUAGUUCAAGUUCCAGUGGUUGUAUGUCCGAUGGGGGUGAUAACCAGUGGAGAUCUUCGACAGAAACAACAAAUGCAUUUGAUUCAGAAUUUCCUAUGGGCACGAUAAAACGGAAACCAUCAAUGAAACCAAGUCUUCCAUUAACAAGUAUAACACGACAAUUGAAAGAAGUGGGAGAAAUUCUACGGGAUAAUGAUGCUGAUGACGAUGGUGAUGAUUUGUCACCUGGUUCAGGAGAUAUUAUAACGACAAAUUCAGGUACCUUAACUCGUAGACAUACCACAAAUAGAAGAAAAUCAUCGUCUUCAGGUGGAACUGUAGAUGAGAAUAGUACAUUAAAACGUUAUCAGCAUAGUUAUAAUCGAAUACGUACAUCAUGUUCGUCAAUGGAUUCAAUUAAAAGUGAUCAUAAUUUAACACCAACAUCUUCGUCUAGUCCUAUAUAUCCUGGUGCUCAUGUUACUACAUCAUCUUCAAUGGAUGAACCAAUAGCAUCGUUACCACCUCCGCCAACGACACAUGAAGAACAAAAUCAUCAUCAACGGCAUUAUCAACAUUACCAUCAUCCACAAUCAAAUGAGGAUUUACCACCACCUCCUCCACCGCCUCCAAUAUUAUCGAAUCAAGAUGACCUAUUUAAAUCAACAUUAUCGUUAGAUUCGUUACCGCCACCACCGGGACCUGGUGAAUUACCCUCUUUACAUUCAAAUAUUGGCAACGAUCAUAUAUCAGGUUCACAGUUAUCAUUAAUAUCAUUGCCUCCACCACCGCCACCUCCAACAGCUACACCAUACUGUGAUACGUUAAAACUACACCAAAAUAAAAUACGAUCAUCGUCAACAAGUAGCAGUGGUGGUGAUUUAACACCAAACGGUACUGCAUCCCCACAGCAAAUAUUCUUUAAUCAAGCAACUGGAACUAUACGACCAAACACUAUAGGUUCAGUACCACCAACGAGUGGUACUGGCACACAUAUAAAAAGUCCUAAGAAGGUAAUCAAGAAAAUUACAUUCAAUUUACCACCCACGACAAAUGGAGACCACGAAGACUCGAUGGGGGAUGUAUCAGUUCUUCCACCACCUCCAGUACCUAAACGCUCAGAAAAAACGAAGCUAACAUCACCGAAAAAAUUAUCAAAUUCAGCUUCUGCUCCACCAACGGAAUUCCUGAAAGAUUUACAACGAGUGAUGCGAAAAAAAUGGCAAGUUGCGCAGAAAUGUAAAUUAGAACCGACAACAACACCACACGAAGUGUUAGGAUUCCGUGAUCCACCACCUGGUGAUGAUUAUCGCGAAACAAAUGUAUCCAAUUGGGUGGAACAACAUUACGGUGGCGUGGGUGAUGUUUUAGUUGAUAAUUUAUAUGAGAAUGUGUAUCCAACAUCGAAUAAUGUGUAUUCAACGCAACCAGUUUCAAUUCAACGACGUCCCUCGUCAAUAUCAUCGUCAACCACAUCAUCAUCUACCGUUGGAGGUGUACGUUGCAAACGUAAACCUCCACCGCCACCAUUACGUAGUGAAACAACUCAAUUGAGUACUAGCAGCAAUAGUAAUGCGCAUGUGCAACAACAGACUCUUUGUAAUAAUGGCACGAAGUUAUAUUGAUGUUGUGUUUUAUAAAUGUGUUAUAUAUUUUGUUUGUGUCAUAUUAUUAUACAAAAUAAGAUUCGAUUUGAAUUUAACCGCGAUAAAUGAGAGUUUGAAUAAUAGUGUGUGGGUUUGGGUUUUAUCCCGGUGCUAUAUAUUGCUCAGUCAAACGUAUCUAUGAAUCUUGG